AUUUAACAAUGUUAAGGCGUCAUAAUGUUUUUCUCAGGUUGUUUAUUUAUUUUAUAUGUUGAGUUAUUUUCCGAUUAUGCCGAAACUGACAGAAAUGUGGGCCUUAACAAUCACACACAUAAUUUAACUAAUAUAAACUAUGACUCAAUACAAUUGAAACAUCUGUAAUGGGUAGUCUCCCUAAUUUACGAGAACUCGAGAGGGAAUCUGAAACUUUUCGGCAUGUGACGAGAAAUUUUGCAAGACAGCAAGCCCACUGUAUCCUCCGCCAUCAUGACAUACAUCACUCUUCAGGCCAUAAAUUUAUUAGACACACAAGAAGUAUGGGGCAUUAUACGGGUAUGGCCUUAAACACAAACAAUGAUCUGCUAAAUCACUUUUUCACAACAGAGGAUAUGUAUGGCUACUCUCCUGUUUCAUCAAGAUCUACACGAUCCAGCUGCACACUUCAUCAUCAUAUUAACAACAACUUAUUAGUUCGUCGAAGUUCAAAACACAGAGAUUCGAUGUCAAGUUCUGGCGGCGCUUCUUCUGUCAGGCGGCUUAUAGCUGUAGUAAGAUCAACAUCAUCUAAAACUGGGCCGAUAUAUUCAAGAAGGCUACUUUUUAGAAAUUUUGCAGCCCUUUGUCUUGGACACGCUAUGAUAACUGCUGCUUUUGUACCAUUGUACACAAUGCAAGGAUCCAUCUCUGUCUGGUGGUGGCAACCAAAUCAUUCAAUCAUAACAAAAUACUUCCAUCCAAACUAUGAUGUUGGAUCUUUGCUGCUUGCGACAUUUUUUUCUAUUGGCUCAAUAUCAACACUUGGCACGAUAUUUUUUAUAAAUAAAUUGGGUACAAAUUGGACGCUGAUACUCAGCUAUGGAGGUACAUGUAUUUUUUUUGGAUUCCAUUUGUACCCCAAUAUUUUUACUCUAGUACCUGCUUAUAUGUUCAUGGGUCUAUGGUUAGGGCCGUUAGUCGGUGGUAGGAUCACAUGUCUUAUGACACUUGCAACAAAACUGAGUUAUGUUAUGACAGAAGAGGAAGAAGGAGAAAUAGAAUGUUCUCAAGGUUUGAGGCGGACUGAGUUAGUUGUGCACAAAUUAUCGCGUGGUCUACAAAUUGCACAGGACUUUGGGUUAAUAAUAGGAAAUUUAGCCGCUUCAUCGCUUAUUUGGUACACAAAGAACAGUUCAAAUGUGUCUAGCGAUCAUGAUGCAAUGUUAGACGCAAUGUUUCCAAUGGAAAAUACUGGAGAACGUAUUUGCGGCAGUACAGUUUGCCCUUUGUCUGUUAACUAUGACUCGCAGUUAGUAGAUUUUAAAUAUUCUGAUUUAAACAAUACAUCAAAUUUCUACGCAUCAAUGAACAUUAAUUGCAAAACGAGUAAAAUGCUUAUUAGUGUAUUCCUUGGUUUUUGCGUCAUGGGUGUUGCUGUCACAGCUGCUUUCAUGGAUCACAUACGGGUCUCGGUGUCUAAAGAAACAUCAUUUCGAAAUGCUUGCAGUACAUCCUAUCGGCUAAUGCAAGGCGCUUUUAAAGACCCAAGAUUACAGUUAGCAGCCCCACUUUCAAUAUUCAUUGGAUUGGAACAAGGAUUUAUGUAUGCAGAUUUUACCAAGUCUUAUGUCGCCUGUUCACUCGGUGUAAGUAAUAUUUCUCUGGUUUUCUUGAGCUUAGGGGUAUUACAGUCUGUCGCUGCCUUUACUCUCAGCCUACUUUUACAACAUGUUCGACGCCAUGUUAUUAUUGGUGUUGGUUUCAUUUUCCAGUCAUGCUUAUUGCUUGUUCUUUUCAUUUGGAAACCUACAAAAGAUGAUCCAGCUUUGUUCUAUGUCGUUCCUGCUGCCUGGGGCGUAUGUAAUGCAAUAUGGGACACAUUAAGCUUUUCUUUUCUUGUCUCAGUCUACCCCGAUACUUGGCAAGCUCCAUUUGCCCACUGCUACUUCUUUCGUUACAUGGGCCUAGCCCUCGCUUUUGGUAUUCACGGUUCUUUGUGCAAUUUGGUUAAACUCUACGGCUUAGUAGCCGCGAUGAUCUUGGCAGUUGUACCAUAUACUUGGCUUGAAUUGAAACACGAAGCACGAAGAAAACUUAAAGCACAGCUUGCAACUUUAUAACAAUUCCGACUUACUCUUAAUAAAUUGGAGACUGUUUUCUAGUUUAUUAGGAGGAUUUUGUCUAAUUCUAGUCCCUCCUUGUUGAUUAUUUUUGUACCUAGAGUACCAAAUUAAAUGUCUUUGCACAAAUAAACCCUAUUUUAUCAUAUCAAUGCAUUUCUUGAUAUAUUAUUACAAUCAUUACCACAUGUUUAUACAAAUAAUUUUUUAAUUGAGAAAAUGCAUUUUAUUGAUAUAAUCAACAUAAAAAUCACCUUUCCUAAUCAUGAACUUCUAUCUAAUCAAACACAUAUCUCUACUUCAACUACUUUAAAAGAUAGUUCUUAAUUACAGUUUGUUGUUUUCAACAAUCCGAAUUUCAAGCAUUAAACAUUCAUUAUCAGGUUGAAAGAGUUACAAACACAUCUCUCGACGUGAAUUGUAAGAGUAGAGACAUAGUUGUAACUAAUUCAAACUGAUGAUGAGCGUUUAAUGCUUGUAAUCUGAUUCGUGAAAACAACAAACUGUGAGUAAAAACUAUCUUUUAAAGUAGUGGAACAACAUACAAACCCCAAAUUUAUCAUUCCUUGUCUUACUUGUACUUAGAGAUUAAGCAAUUAGACAAUUAGCAACAUCUUAAAAAUUAAAGUUGCUUGAAAUUAUCAUUCCUAUUUCUACUCCUGUAAAUAUUUGAAUUGUUUAAAAAAAAAUGUAUAGUGGCUGAAAAUAUCUCACCCACUUAAAAAAAUUAAAUUAAAUAAAAAAAUAUAAAAAACCAAUCCCAAUGUUUUUGUGCUGGCAUGAACCUUAUUACUUAGCAGUUUUGCAAAUUUUAGGUUAUUUUUUUUAUUUUAUUUUAAAAAGAAAUGCCCUAACUUCAUUAUAGAUUUUAAAACUUGAUUUUACGUUAAAUAAUAAGGUUCAAGUAAGCCAAUAAACAAUAACAGGGUCGCUGCAACGGUUCAGGCGAUCAGGUAAUCACUGUAAAGUAAAGAUCCUGGGUUCGAAUCCA